AUGAGGCGGAGAGGGGAUGUGUGCCUGUUUAACGCGUUUCAGGUGGUGACUUUGGCGGUCUACUCGUACUUCCUGUCCUCCAUCAUUGGUCGUCAGUUCAUCGUCAACACAUCGGAAUACUCGGAGCCGUUCAGGCGGGACUACUACGUUCCACUGUACACAAUUCUCGAGUUCAUAGUGUACAUGGGAUGGCUAAAGGUGGCCGAAACCUUGGUAAAUCCGAUGGGUGAAGACGAUGAAGACUUUGACAUCAACUCCAUAAUUGACAGCAAUUGGAGUGUAAAAAAGUACGGAAUGCAUAUGGUGGAUAGGAAGUAUCGUCCAACUGAACUUGUUCGCGAUAAAUUUUGGGAUUCAGUCAAUGUUAGUCUACCGCAUACUGCUGACUCUAAAAAACUGCAAUCUACGCAGAUGAUUGGCUCCGUGUUUAGCGUUGACGUUUUAGGGACUGAUUCCCAUGAAGGUGGCUUAAAUGGGGUCAGUACGGUGAACCUUCACAUGGGUCAUGGAACGGAAGAACAUCAUGAUAUGCCUCGAGAGUUGCUGGGAUCACGAAUCAAGUCGUUGGAUAGCCUUGAAAUGCACAGUCUACCAAGUGAUUCCCCUUCAACACCUGGCAGUAUUCCAAGUUCCAUAAUUUCACCAUCAAAUAAUCCUGGAGAAGCGAUUCUGCCAGCCGUGGCAGAGGUGGAUGAGGAAACCGCUUCAGAAGUGAAGGGCGAGUUGGACACUCCUCCCGAAGACGAUGAAGAUCAGAACCAAGCAGAUGAUCGGGAUGACGAUUCCCCAUCCUUACAAAAUCGACAAUCAGCUUCGAAAGAAAAGGAAUCUUCUACGAAGAAUUAG